AUUAAAUUAUCAGACCGUUACUUGUAUGAGAAAAACUACCGGCUUAUCUGUCAAAAGUAAACAGCCGCCCAGGUACAGUACAUAUCAGUCUGUAUGUAUACAUCGGAUAUGGCGCUGGCGACAAAGUCGGAGCUAAACGUCUCUACCUCCGAUUUCGUCCCCGAGGUUGCCGGAGAUUCCGCCGACGGCGACGCAUCUCCGGUGGAAGUGGAUAAAGAGCUGCUAUGUCCGAUAUGUAUGCAGAUGAUGAAAGGCGCGUUCGUCACCGCGUGCGGUCACAGCUUCUGUUAUACUUGUAUUGUCACGCAUCUAGAGAACAAGCAUGAUUGUCCUUCUUGCGGCAACUUCCUUUCUGCUAAUCAGCUCUUUCCUAAUUUCGUGCUCGAUAAGCUAUUGAAGAAGGCUUCCACUCGUCAAAUCUCAAAAACUGUCUCCUCUGCUGCACAAUUUCGUCAGGCAUUACAGAAGGGUUGUGAGGUGUCAGUGAAGGAACUAGAUGCACUGUUAUCGCUCCUUGCAGAGAGAAAGAGAAUACUGGAGCAAGAAGAAGCGGAGAGAAAUAUGCAAAUACUACUGGACUUGCUGCAAUAUUUGAGGAAACAAAGAGUGGAUGAGCUCAAGGAGAUACAAAAAGAUAUGCAGUUUGUAAAAGAGGACAUAAAUGUGGUGGAGAGAGAAAGAAUCAAUUCAUGCCGGACAAGGAACAGGUCUUUACCGGAAGUACACAUGUUGACUGAUGAUUAUACAAUGGUCAGAUCUUGGUCUUCAUCAGUUGAGAAGAACACUAGUACUUCCAUCUCCAGCCCUCAAAAUUCACGUGGAAGAAUGUCUACAUGGAAUUUUCUGUCCAAGAAUGUGGCUGGAAAAACUCAAGCUGUUAAGCUUGGACCUCAUAAAAAGGAUAAUAUGAAUAUAUCGAAUCCACAACAUACGAGUUCAUCGGGUCUCUCUGUUGUUCGAAAAAAGCGGGUGCAGUCGCAGUUUAAUGAACUACAAGAGUGCUACUUACAAAAGCGUCGCCAAUUGGUGGACAAAGUAGAUGACCAGGUUGAAAGUCAAUCAUCUGUCAUGCAGAGGGAGGGGUUUAGUGACGGUCUUUCAGAUUUCCAGUCUGUUCUGUCAACCUUCACACGAUACAGUCGUAUGAGAGUGAUUGCUGAACUUAGACAUGGAGACCUUAUGCACACUGCCAACAUAGUUUCGAGUAUAGAAUUUGAUCGCGAUGAUGAACUGUUUGCCACUGCUGGAGUCUCGAGGUCUAUAAAGGUCUUCGACUUUGCUUCGGUUGUAAAUGAACCUGCAGAUGUUCAUUUACCUGUUGCAGAAAUGUCAACACAAUUCAAACUUAGUUGUUUAAGUUGGAACAAAUGUAUGAAGAACCAUUUAGCUAGUAGUGAUUAUGAGGGAAUAGUAACUGUAUGGGAUAUGGCCACCAGACAGAGUGUGAUAGAGUAUGAGGAGCAUGAGAAACGAGCAUGGAGUGUUGAUUUUUCUAGCACAGAACCAUCAAUGCUUGUAUCCGGGGGUGAUGAUUGCAAGGUCAAAGUUUGGUGCACAAAGCAGGAAAGUAGUGUUCUCAACAUUGAUAUGAAGGCAAACAUAUGUUGUGUCAAGUAUAAUCCUGGAUCUAGCAUUCACGUUGCGGUUGGAUCUGCUGACCAUAACCUCCAUUAUUAUGACCUUAGAAACACCAGCCAACCGAUUCAUAUGUUCAACGGGCACAGGAAAACUGUUUCAUAUGUUAAGUUCUUGUCCACCAGUGAGGUUGCUUCUGCAUCAACUGACAGCACCUUAAGAAUCUGGGAUGUGAAGGAGAAUUUGCCUGUCCGUACCUUCAAAGGCCACACAAAUGAGAAGAAUUUUGUCGGCCUCUCUGUAAAUAAAGAAUUCAUAGCUUGUGGGAGUGAAACUAAUGAAGUGUUUGCUUACCACAAGGCAAUUUCUCGACCUAUGACAUGGCACAGAUUUGGUUCACCCGAUAUAGACGAUACAGAUGAAGAAUCAGGAUCAUGCUUCAUUAGUUCAGUCUGCUGGAAGAGUGACAGUCCUACACUGCUAGCUGCCAAUAGCCAAGGAACAAUCAAAGUUCUCGUUCUUGCAGAAUGAAACAACAAUUUUUUCUUUAUUUAUUUGUUUGUAAAAUCAUUUUUUAGAGACACUGGAGAAUAAACACUUUUCUGUUGUAGCAUUUGGUUGAGUCACUAUGGAAUUGUACAUAAAUAUACAAGAGCAGGCAAAGUGAACUGAGGGCCGUGAGGCCGAGGUGAUUUUAAUAAUUUAUGAGAAUUGUUAACAUUUUCUCUCCCUGUA